GAGCUGCCUCUCUGUGUUGGGGUGUCUACUCUCACAGAUCUCCCGCUUACAUCAGGGCUGCUGUGGCCAUGGCUUCCAAGUGCCUCAAGGCCAGCUUCUCCUCGGGAUCCCUCAAGAGCCCGGGGAAAGCCGGAGGGGGCUCCCCUCGCAUGUCAGCCAUGUACUCCAGCAGCUCGUGCAAGCUGCCCAGUCUUUCCCGGGGAGCCCGGAGUUUCUCUGCGUGUUCUGCCAGCCCGGGUAGGAGCAACUACAGGGUUUCCAGCUGCCUCCCUAUGCUCUGCCUCCCCACAGGUGGCUUUGCCACCGGCUACAGCAUGGGUGGAGGUUGGUUUGGGGAGGGCACCCUCACUGGCAAUGAGAAGGAGACCAUGCGGUCCCUGAACGAGCGCCUGGCUAGCUAUCUGGACAAGGUGCGCCAGCUGGAGCAGGAGAAUGCCAGCCUGGAGAGUCGCAUUCGCGAGUGGUGUGAGCAGCAGGUGCCCUAUAUGUGCCCCGAUUACCAGUCUUAUUUCCGAACCAUGGAGGAGCUCCAGAAGAAGACCCUUUGCAGCAAGGCAGAGAAUGCCAGGCUGGUGGUGCAGAUCGACAAUGCCAAGCUGGCUGCUGAUGACUUCAGGACCAAGUAUGAGACAGAGGUGGCCCUGCGGCAGCUGGUGGAGGCUGACAUCAAUGGCCUGCGCAGGAUCCUGGAUGAUCUGACCCUGUGCAAGGCAGAUCUGGAGGCACAGGUGGAGUCUCUGAAGGAAGAAUUGCUCUGCCUCAAGAAGAACCAUGAGGAGGAAGUGGACUCGCUGCGCUGCCAGCUUGGCGAUCGGCUCAAUGUUGAGGUGGACGCCGCUCCCCCUGUCGAUCUGAACCGCGUUCUGGAUGAGAUGAGGUGCCAGUAUGAGACCUUGGUGGAGAAUAACCGGAAGGAUGCGGAAGACUGGUAUGACACCCAGACUGAGGAACUGAACCAGCAGGUGGUGUCCAGCUCCGAGCAGUUGCAGUCCUGCCAGGCGGACAUCAUUGAGUUGAGACGCACCGUCAACUCCCUGGAGAUUGAGUUGCAGGCCCAGCAGAGCAUGAGAGAUGCUUUGGACUCCACCCUGGCAGAGACGGAAGCCCGCUACAGCUCCCAGCUGGCCCAGAUGCAGUGCAUGAUCGGCAGUGUGGAGUCCCAGCUCGGUGAGAUCCGGGCUGACCUGGAGCGGCAGAACCAGGAGUACCAGGUGCUGCUGGACGUCCGGGCUCGACUGGAGUGCGAGAUCUACACGUACCGGGGUCUGCUGGAGAGCGAGGACAGCAAGCUUCCUGGCAACCCGUGUGCCCCUGACUACUCACCCUCCAAGUCAUGCCUCCCCUGCCUUCCUGCGCUCUCCUGCAGCACUGGUGCUGCUCACACAACCUGCAGCCCCCGGCCUGUCUGUGUGCCCUGCCCCGGGGGAAGGUUCUGACCGAAUGGCAGACCUAGAGGGUCAAGGCCAUGGCCUCCAGGGUUCUAACAUGGCUUCCAGUCAACUCAGCUCUCACAGCCCAACUCUCUCUGUUCAUGCUGGGCCUAUGAGAGAGGGGCUUUCUGCAAAAUAAAUGCCUUACAGUUUCUUUGACACUGUCACCUAAGGCUGGUUGCCCUUCAAGGCCUUGACUUCUCAUC